AUGUCUUAAAACAAAGAUAAAGUAGUUCCAGACUAUAUCAGAUCACAGAAUAAAUUUUUACCGAAUCAAGUAGUAUUUGUUGAAAAGGUAGACAAUGUACAUGGUUCUACAGCUGGAGCAGGCUCAGGUGACUUUCAUCAAUAUAGAUAAUUAAGGAGAAAAGAGAGAUAUAGACUCAUCAAAAUGGAGGCUGAGCAUCGUCAGUAGAAGGAAAAAGAAGAUUAUGCAAACAAGAGACAAGGAAUGAACCUUGAGUGUGAUGUCAAAACUUAGAAAAAGAGUCUGAAGCGUAAACUUAAGAAAGAAAAGAAAAGAAUUAUAAAGGAGUAUGGCAAGAUGGCUAAAGGCUUGAAUGAGUGUGAAGACGGGAGUCUUGUUGACAAAGUAUUUGAAAAAUAUGGAGAUGAUGCAAUAGUCCAUUAAGAGCCAGAGGAAUCAGAGGAUGAAAAGAGAUUAAUAGAUGAGGAGCAAAAAGAUGAUUAGAGUGAUAGUGAUAAUGAUUUAUUAGCAAAGAGACCUUUAAAUAGAUAAGAUGAAGACUCAGACGAAGAUAGUCAGAAAUUAAGAGAGAUAGUAAAGGCUAACAAGAGAAUAAAAGAAUAGUUUUAAAGUAAUAAGUAGGAAGUGAAGCAGAUUUAAUAGAAGGAAUAGAGAAACAAUAUAAAAAUAGUCGAUGAUGAUGAAAUUGAGGAUAAUAAUUAUAAUUCUAGUGAGGAGAGGUCUGGGGGUUUCGGUAAAGUCUACGAAGCAGUUGAUGUUUUCAAUGGAGAGACUGUGGCUCUUAAAGAAAUGUAUAUUAACAUGACUGAUUUUCAGCAAUGCUGUAACUUGACAGAAGUUAAAGCAUUAUAAGAUAUUUCACACCCGAACAUAGUCAGUUUAAAGGAAGUUGUAUUACAGGAUAAAAAGUUAUUUUUAGUGUAUGAACUGCUUCAUAAGGACUUAUUCGUGCUAAUAGAUGAGAAAAGGAAAUAGAAACAAAUGUUUAGUGAGGAUGACAUUAAGCUUUAUAUGUAUCAACUACUCAAAGGAGUACAGUAUAUUCACAAAAGAGGUUACAUUCACAGAGAUCUAAAGCCAGAAAACCUGAUGCUUUUGGAUGACAGUCUUUUGAAGAUUACAGAUUUUGGAAUUAUCAAAGAUCUAAAUCAAGCAAAUUAGGGAUUAUUUACAGAAUACAUAUCAACAAGAUGGUAUAGAGCUCCUGAAAUAGUAGUUAGAUCCAGUAAAUAUGACACAAAGGUUGAUAUGUUCGCAAUAGGAUGCAUCAUGGCUGAGUUAUAUCUCAGAAUGCCAAUAUUUCCUGGAAGUUCUGCAAUGGAUUAGAUGAGCAAAAUCUGUUAAGUACUAGGAUCACCAAAUGAAUCGGAGUGGCCAGAGGGAUUCAAAGUAGCAAGAGAAAAGAAUAUUGAUAUUCCAAUGAAUCUCCCAAAGAUAGAUUUAGCAGGCAAACUUCGCUAUGCUAGUCCAUAUGCUGUUGAUUUAAUUGAAUGGCUAUUUAGGUUUAACCCUUCAGAGAGACCGACUUGUGAUUAAGCUCUAGAACAUGCUUUCUUUUUAGACUUGAAUACAAAACAAUUAUAAUAGAGAAUAAAUGUUCUAAGUACUAAGGAAGUAAGUCCAGGACGCAAAAACAUUUAAAAUAGAAGUGAAUCGAGGCAGAAUUAGCCAUUAUAGCCAAAUUAAAGAUUAGAAAAAUCAGAUAAUGAAAUGAGAGAAAUGUAUUAAAUGAGAUUCUAGAAGAAAAUGUUUGACCCCUCAAGUAUCUACAAUAGUUAUUUUAAAGGAACCGAUAAAAAGGUAAAUCAAGAUAUUUUUAAUGUCAGUGGAAGAAAGUAUCAGCACUAAAAUAGUACAUUAUUGGACAAGAGUUUAAACAAUUCAAGAUUAAAUGAUGGUUCAAAAGAUCCUCCUGCACAAUACUAGAGAUUGGGAACUAACUUAAGCCAGAAACAGCAGCUAAUUAGGAAGUAAAGUUCCUAUGUGUAAAAUAAGUACAUCUAUGCUGAUUAAAGUUCCAUAUCCAAUAAACAACUUUUAUCGUUUGACAAUAGGCAAAAUUCUAAAUCAAAUCAAAGAGUUAUAAUACCUCCUAGUAGUGCUUUGAAUUUAAAUAAAUCCCUAUUUUCCUAAUUGGGAAGCCAGAUAUUAGAUUAAAGUCAAUUUGGAGAUUAAAUAGAAAAAGAUUCAUCACCACCAUCAUCAAGAUUUUAAGAUGGUAAGAACAUAAGUGCAUUUAACAUAGUAAAAAAUAAGAUCUCAAUUGACCAAUUUUUGGAUAUGGUUAAAAGAGGGCCAGCUUUUGAUAACACUAAGGAUAAUCCCUAUUUUUGA